UCCUAGAAAUGCUCAAGGGCAUCUGGUGAAAUCCUUUCUUGUCUUUCCUGGCUCCACCUUCCUCCACACCCAUUCAACCGGCUUAAGUGAGCUCACACACCUGGGCAGGGCUCACUGGCUUCACCAUGGCUUACAUCGCCAAGUCCUUCUAUGAUCUCAGUGCCAUCAGCCUGGAUGGGGAGAAGAUAGAUUUUAACACGUUCCGAGGCCGGGCGGUGCUGAUUGAGAAUGUCGCAUCACUCUGAGGAACAACUACCAGAGACUUCAACCAGCUCAAUGAAUUGCAGUGUCGCUUUCCCAGGCGUCUGGUGGUUCUCGGCUUCCCUUGCAACCAAUUUGGACAUCAGGAGAACUGUCAGAACGAGGAGAUCCUGAACAGCCUCAAGUAUGUCCGCCCUGGGGGUGGGUACCAGCCCACCUUCAGUCUUACCCAAAAGUGUGAGGUCAACGGGCAGAACCAGCAUCCUGUCUUUGCCUACCUGAAAGACAAGCUGCCCUACCCUUACGAUGACCCGUUCUCGCUCAUGACCGAUCCCAAGCUCAUCAUGUGGAGUCCGGUGCGCCGCUCAGAUGUGGCCUGGAACUUUGAGAAGUUCCUCAUAGGGCCAGAGGGGGAGCCAUUCCGUCGCUACAGCCGCACCUUCCAAACCAUCAACAUCGAACCUGACAUUAAACGUCUUCUCAAAGUUGCCAUCUAGAUGUGAGCUGCUUGGAAUGUCCCGCUGUUUCCAGUCCCUGAGUAUUCUUCCUCGGGACUCAGUGUACCCCCAGGAGACACUGGGGGACUGAAGCGUCCCCGUCGCUGGAGCACCGUGCCUCCUCUGCCUGCCUGUUUCCUUUGGCUCUUGAGGAACCACUUGGGGCUCUAGGUCUGGGAUGGGCUCUGGGCCUUCACAGAAUGACGGCACCUUCCUAAACGCUUAUGGGAGCUGUCUGAGAAGUUGUGAAGCGCUCAGAGUUAACCUGCUAUUGAGUCCAAUAAAGGGCAGGUGUGGAAA